CUUCACUCUGGCAUCACUGCACAUAUCUGGACUGCCUAAUCCUUCAUAUCGCAAGACCUAUUGCAUUCUUUGUUGAGGAUAACAACGACGAAGAUUCACCCAGUAGCGACGAGAUUAUGGCUGCAGCCAUUGGAGCAGCAGUGGCGUUGCCCUUCAACGAUAAUUUGGGCAACGCCAUUCCUCCAGACACUCCUCACGCCGUCAGCGUAUCACUCCCAACAUGGAAAUCUAAUGUCGGCUACGAAGAAGGGGAGGCAUGGGUCGUUGAUAAGAUGCAAACUGGCUACCCACGGUUCUUCAUCCACAAGUCUAUCCAAAAGCUCGCUCGAAGCAUAGUCGCCGUCCACGGCAACAUCGACACAGAGUAUGCUAUGCUGAUGCCAUCAACACGAUGUGCCCUUCGUUGCAAGGACUUCAUCAAACGCGAGAGCGGCGGCGCAGAUUGCUCCACGAUUCGUACGCUGGACUUUGUGCCCACUCCCGAGCAUAUCGCAUCGCAAACGACCAAGAUUCUUCCUCGGGUGUCUGCUGUUAUAUAUCCCCAAACUCUAUGGCCAGCAGCAAAAGCUUUUUGGCAACACACCGGGGAGGGCAUCUCCAGCAGGCGGGCCGAGUUCUGCCAACGAGCGUUCGAUGAAGGGUAUCUCGUCGACCAGACUUCCCAGACGCAACCACUUCCACGCCUCUGUAAGGGUCCUCGACGAUACCAGAAGAACACGUCCGUAGAUCUGGGAAGCCACACCAACGAUCAUACUACUCCGCCCAAGACUCCUCCGAGAUCCAAUGGCGAAGACAUUUCCACUUCUGCCGAAUUCGUCGAGACACGAUUCGGUCGAAAUCUGAGCACCGAGUUCGCAGCCCAAGCCAAGCUUGCCAUUCGAAAGCGCAUUGCUGGUUCGCUCACCGCAGACAUCAACCUCAGCGAACACUCUUCGGGAGAUGCUCCCGAUCAGACCCGCGAUGUGCCCGGCUUCUCCGUCGAAGACGUGUAUCUCUUCUCCACCGGCAUGAACGCCAUCUUCACCGCACAUCGCUCUCUCCUCCUCGCCCGCGGGCCCUCCAAAAGCAUCAUGUAUGGCUUCCCCUACGUCGACACCCUCAAAGUGCUCGAAAAGUUUGGCCCAGGCGCACUCUUCUACGGCCACGCCAACGCUUCCGAAUUAGACGAUCUCGAAUCUCGUCUCGAGAAGGGAGAACGCUUCCUCUCCCUCUUCUGCGAAUUCCCGGGCAACCCCCUCCUCACAUCCCCGGACCUCACCCGUCUCCGCGCUCUGGCCGACAAAUACGACUUCGCCAUCGUCGUCGACGAAACCGUCGGCAACUGGCUCAACGUGCACGUCCUCCCCUUCGCCGACAUUGUCGUCUCCUCCCUCACCAAAGUCUUCUCAGGAGACAGCAACGUCAUGGGCGGCACGAUGCUCCUCAACCCGCGAUCCCGAUGGUACCACACUCUCAAAACCGUCUUGGGAAGCGAAUACGAAGACAACCAAUUCGAAGAAGACGCCGUCUAUCUCGAACGCAACAGUCGAGAUUUCAUCCCUCGCAUCCGCCGCAUCAACCACAACGCCGAAGCCAUCGCCAACAUUCUCCUCCAAUCCGUCCCCUCCAAAAUCAAAUCUCUCCACUAUCCUAAAUUCUCCCCUUCCAAACACCUCUACGACACCUGUCGCUUACCCACCGGAGGCUACGGCGGUCUACUCUCCGCUACCUUCCAUUCCGUGCACGACGCGGCGGUGUUUUUCGAUCAUUUGAAUACACACAAGGGACCGAGUUUGGGCACGAAUUUUACGUUGACGUGUCCGUUUGUUUUGUUGGCGCAUUAUGGCGAGUUGGAGUGGGCGAAGGGGUUUGGCUGUGAGGUUAGUCUCGUGAGGUUUAGUGUGGGGUUGGAGGAGAGGGAGGACCUGGAGAGGGUUUUUCGGGACGCGUUGGAGGUUGUGCCGGUGUGGAAGGGGUGA